AUGUCUAUGCUGCGAAGACCGCUAACACAACUUGAGUUGUGCGAAGAUGACAUUCAGUGGAUGUCGGAUCUUCUAACGAAGAAGGAAGAAGCGGCGAAGCCUGCAGAAAAGAUGGAAACCGACGAGCCGAUGGAUCAGAGUGAGCAGCCGAUCGGAAUAACUCGCAGAAAUCUCCGCUCGGCCGAUAAAAGUAAGAAAACAGCGAAAUGACUGAAUAAACGUUGGCAAAGCGGUUCCAGAAGCCAAAGAUGGAACCGGAACGAGCAGUGGAAGCAGCACUGGAUCUCAGAGCUCCAGAAAUGCACAGGUGAGCACUGAUCGCUUUUCGAAAGUUGACCGUGAAAUGGGCGUUGUAGACACAAUCCGUUGAACUUGCCCGAAUGUCAUUCACAGAAGUGCAGGUAUAAAAUGUAUUUUCUGACUUCAGAAUGGGUUAAUUGCGUUUAGUAGCUUACGAGAGUGAUGCUUUUGUCCUGUUCCCCCAUUUAUAGUUGUUCUUCUUCUCAUGAGAACUUUGGUUUUUUCUGCAGACGACUACAUCCGUGCACACGCCCGUUGCCACCUCGUCGCUCAGUCUAUCGACUCCAGUGAAUGCGACGGUAUCAUCAUCCAGUGACACGUAUGCGGCUCCACCGGCCAAUAGAAUCGGCCGUCUGGGGCGUCGUCCCCGCGCCUCAAGAGCUGGUGAUAUUGAGCCGCCGCUGCUGUUCAACGCGUACGAUACGCCGCAGCAGCCAGCAGGUAAUGACAGCGGCUCGCCGACACCUUCAGAUUCUCCGGAAUCACCGAACGCUCAUCUUUAUGGUACUGUAUCGGAGAAUUCUGUUCGGUUGGGCUCAGUAGCACUCUUUUCAGCCACUCCAAGCAAUCCGACCAGCAGAGAAGGCCCAUCGUCAAACACUCGAUCUCAGAGACAUUGA